CCCUUUUUUUUUUCUUAACACUGGUGUUAUUUAACAGUUUUUCACCAUUUUCCUACCAAGGCUGUUAAGAAACAUCUCAACUAGCCUGCAGUUCCUAAUGGCUCCCCUGCUGUUGCUCCUUUGUCUUCCCAUCGCCCUCUGUUGCGAAACGGCCCCCAGCACCGAGUGCGAAAAGCUUCCCUUCGUGCCCGGGCAUAAUUUGGUGGGAGAAGGCUUUGACAUUGUGCAAAUGAAGACCACUGGAGCUUUCGUGGUGGACGUGCGGACCUACAUGACCGGAGGAGAUCAUGGCAACUGCACUCUGUGUAUGAACACGCUGCUCAACGAGAAGCAGAAGUUGCCAUCUUCUGUGGUUGACUGGAGAAUGAAGGUCCAGUGCAAGCGCAGCCUCAGCUCCAAGCUGUAUGAAUCGGCCAGCUCGGUUAUCAAGGACACCACCAGUUCAGCCAGUGCCAGCUGGAAGAUCGGGCUGAGCGUGCCCAUGGUGGCAGGAGUGGCUGUCGGUGGCACUCAUUCACGUUCGGCCAAGUUCGUCAAAAGCCUCACAGCUGAAGACAAGUACUCCUUCACGAGCCACUCCUUCUCCUGUCGCUACUACUCGUUUCGUCUCCAGGAAGAUCCUCCGCUAACCGCUGAAUUUUUAAAGUCCGUCACAUCACUUCCUGCUAAAUACGACAGCCAGUCAGAAAGCAGGUACGACCAUUUCAUCUCGAUCUAUGGGACGCACUUCUUGCGGCGAGUCGACCUGGGCGGCAAAGUACAUUCAACCACCGCUGUGAAGACCUGCCAGGUUUCCAUGAAGGGUCUGUCGGUGCAUGCCGUGAGCGACUGCUUAACUGCCGAAGCGUCGGCUGUCAUUAAGGCCGUGAAGGUGGAGGCGGAGACAAAGUACUGCCGGGAAAAAAAAAAGCAACUGGAGAGGGGCAACAGCUUCAGUGGCUCCUUCUCCAACCGAGUCACUGAAAUACUGGGCGGCAACGGUGAGCAGCAAGACAUCCUCUUCAAUCCAAGCAACAGUAGCGGUUAUGGCGUGUGGCUCAAGUCACUGAAGAAAAUCCCUGGCGUGGUCUCCUACACUUUGAGCUCUUUGCAUAUGCUGGUGAAAAACGACCCAGCUAAACAAGCCAGUCUACAGGCGGCCAUUAGCAAGUACAUCACCAAAAGCUCCUUAUCUGUCGCUUGCCCCUCCAGCUGCAAAGUGGGCCAUCGUACCAAUACCUGCGCCUGCAAAUGCAACGGUCAUCAAAGCGUCGAUAGCAACUGCUGCCCGAAUAAGCCAGGAGUGGCCACGAUGAUCGUGACCGUGUUGAGCGGUAAGGGAUUAUGGGGAGACUACUUCUCUAAAACCGAUGGUUAUGUGAAAGUGUUCUACGGAACCCGUUCGCACGAGAGCCCUGUGAUCUGGAACAACAACUUUCCACAGUGGAACUUCAAGAUCGAUUUUCAAACUGUGGAUCUGGUGAAAAAAACGCCGGUGCAGUUUGAGGUGUGGGAUCGUGACAACCGGUGGGAUGACGAUCUAUUGGGAAAAGCUUCUUUGAUCCCAAAGCAAGAAGCCGAAAGGAAGGAGUCAUUUAAUCUGAAGCAUGGCUCUUUUAUGGUCUCCUACUCUGUAAAGUGUGGCCCGAGUCUUACAGGGGCUUAUUGUGAGAAAUACACUCCUACGCCAGGUGGUGAUGGUGCUCUAAAAUAUUACCAGGCCGUUGGCGAAGAACAGUCCGUUUCCUUUAAAAAAUCGGAAGAUUUGGGAAGAAAAGUGUCUUUUCUGUAAUAAUUCAACAACUGCAGAAUGUAAAGAUAAUUUGCUAUAAAUCAAACAUCAUUGAUGUAUUUCUAGACAAAUGUACAAAAUGUUAUCAGGUUUUUAAUUUUUUUUUUUAUAAUUUUACCUGCUUCUCAAAAAAAGUAUUCUUCAUUUGUUAAUUGCAUACAGUAUUUUAGUUUAUAAUUGUAUACAUGUAUACAACAGCUGCCUUAUUACGAUUUUUAAAAAGGGAAUGCUUUCAGAUGCAAUAAAAAACUUUGUUGAAA